AUGGCGUUCCCAGGAUCCGCUGCAACGGCCAACACCAGAGCAGUCCUCCUUCCUGCUGCUGCCACGUGGCAGCACGUCAGCGUGACGUCAGCAUCCAGCAGCACUCGAAUCGCCACUGCAUCUUUCACAAACGCCCUCAGUUUCCAACAAGACAGGAGGGGGAAAUGUUCGAGGGGAGGACUAGAGAGUCACAUAAGGCCACGGAGCCUGAGAAGGAAUGGUGCUUUCCCAGGCCGGUUGGUAGGCGCGAGAGGGGAGAAUGGGGGAUGCGGUAGGGGAAGGAGGGGGGUUUGCGUGCGAGCGGAUGGGACUGCAACGGGGACGAAUGGCGUGACGACAAGUGGCAGCAGCGGAUGGGAGGAGCGGCGAGAGGAGGAGAUUGCUGCGCUCGUGGAGGAGGUAAAAUCCAUCUUGGCUCGCGACCAUGCGUCCCUCCCCGUGGGCGAGUACGGGCGGGACGACGACGCCAUGCUGAGGUGGUUUCUUAAGGACCGCAAGUACAAGGUGGAACCCACGGUGGAGAAGCUUGCAAAAGCAAUUAAAUGGCGCCACGAGUUUGGCGUGGCAGGGCUGACAGCUGCUGACGUGGCAGAGGAGGGGGCCACGGGGAAGGCUUUUCUCCACGAGUACGCUGACGUGGACGGGCGGCCCGUGAUCGUUGUCGUGGCAGCGAAACACUUCCCGGACGUAAGUGAUCUUAAUGAAUAA